AGAAGGGUCGUGGACGGAGCAAAGGAGCUGUUUCAACUAACGGGACUGAGCGACCGCCUCUCAUGCAAGUUCAAUGUCCCAUGCCUGGCGGUACAGCUGUCACAAUGACAACCGAUCCUGUUCAGAAGGUCAGCUGGGGACCACUCACCAGAGUUGAAGCAAGCCAAGAGGCAAGAGAUUUGAUCAAAGCAUACAUCGCGAAUCCUGAAGACAAAGACGAUGGCGGUGAGAAAGAACCCAAGAAAGAGAAGACAAAGGAGAAAGACGUGGCAAAGUUCCCAAUUUCAACCCAGUCGACUCAGCAGACAAGCAUCAGCACCAAGGACAACAAUACUGUAACAAAUGUCACUGGCAUCUCGCGCGUCAAAGCUGAUGCAAGUAGUCUGGCACCUCGGGCACCACCCUCAACCCCACCCGAUUCCAUCUUUCAACAUGCCUUUUCCAUGCCGACUCUUCCUGUCCUCAAUCGCAUCUCCGACAUCACUCUGGUCGAGCAGUAUCGUCUCCAACGUGCCGCCGACCCAGGACUAUUUGACAGAGACACUGCCGCGAUCAAGCAAGGCUUGUUGAAUGCCAAGCUUGAAAGAGGUGGGGAGCCCAGAUUGCUCGAGAACGAGUACACCGUCAAACUCGCAAGCAGAGAGGAUGCUGCCACUGCCGAACGUUGGGCCCAUGGCAGGAUCGUUCAGAUGCGUUCUCGUGGCAAUACCAUCACAAGCACCCCAGCCGCCAACCCCGAAGAUGUCAAGAUCCGAGGUGGUGAAACCGAAAAGCGUCCCAAGAAGAAUACCAUCAUUUCUAUCCCGGCGGACGACAAGGUGGAUCCCCUCAGAGAGGCCGAGAUGCGGCGUCGCGCUCACGAACUUGCACCUACAGACGAGGUCCUGCGGCGUCUCGCUCCCGCCCGUCCAACAUACAUGCUUCCACAUAACGUCGAGGAUGGACCUGCCCCAGUGAAGGGAACUGAUACCACCACUGAGAAAGAACCAGGCGGACUCUCGCUUCUCUACCAUGCGAGACUUGUCCGUCGUGAACUCAAAGAACGCCUUCAGUCGGUCAAUCUGAGCUCCCACGUCAGCAAGGUGACCAGCUACGGCACAGUCCGCCACCAGAGCAGUGUCAAGCGUGAGGUCGGCGAUCAUGGCGAGAAGCGCACCGUCAAGACAUGGAUCGAGAUUACCGAGGUCUACGAGGUUCCAAGUGCCGCUGCAUUGGAUUGGAGUGAUGUCGUCCAUGCCGUUGAUGCCGACGAAGAUGACAGCGAAGACGGCGCGAAGAAGAGAAUGGCUGUCGGCAAGGACAAGAAGAAGGACUCCAAGGGCAAGGGCAAGGCGACUGGACGUAUUGCUAGGCGCUAUCACAAGCCAUCCGUCAGUGAGGUCGACUCCGAUGACACAGACGGCGACUUUGGCAGCAAUAUUCCAGAUGAUGGCUCGGCCGGAGAAGAGAUCUUCUACGAUCCGGACGAGACUCGUGCUGAAUCUCUCUUCGCCUCAAUCACUGGCUAUGGCCGAGUCACUCCUGUUCACUUGAACAGAAAGCUGCAGAGUCUUCGUGGUAUCAUUGCUGAAUUGCGUGGCAAUAACAAGGUCAAGGAGACUGAGGAGUGAUCGAACUGACGCACACAUGCAUCAACCACCGAGUGUCAAGCACUGACACAAGGGGUCGAAACCGUUUACCAUAAGAGAUAUGGGUGUUGGUACCGAGGCGGAAUGGUUGAGCUGGGAGAAGUGGUGUGCUGUUGUAAUUUGCUGCUACGUUGCUGUGAUCACGGAGCUGGAGACACGAAAGGAGACCUGACAAAGCGCUAUCAGAGUGCAUGAGCAUGAGAUGCGCGAACAACAGCGGACUGGGUUGUCGGUGCUCUCGGGUUCUUGCUUGCGAGCAAAUGGGCUUUUUCAGAUUCAGCACAAGGCAGAUCGAUCAAUGUACGAGGUAGUCAUCGUCGCUAGCCUAAGCAGAUAAUGGAAUGCAGAAAAAGUGAGAAAUCAUCCGUGCGAUCCCCGAACCAUCCAGCUCAUCAAGAGCUGUUUUCUUUGGACACCAGCGGGCGUACUGAAGAAGA